CUCUGGCGUUGCACGGAGGUCCAGCCCAGACGAACCAGUCACUUCUUUCAUCUACUGUAAAUCCCCCCAUCCCAUUCCAGAUUCCUUUGACUCUGAUCCUUUUUCCCUUUUUUUCCCCUACCGCCUCCUUGCUCACUUCGUACUUACUCACUUCCUUCCACCUUACCUUACUCCGACUUUUUCCUCCACUCGCUGCAUCGUGCUCCUUGACUCGUGUUAUCUCUGAUCCCAGUCUUUCGUUUACUCCGUGACUUUUCCUAGAAGUGGAGUUGGAAAUCUCCUAGUAUACCAUCUUUCGGGGCGUGAACGAUCCCUCGUGGCGCUUCUCGUAUCACCACUCGUUUCUGUGAACACUUAUCAUCAUCAUCGGUUGUCUCGUCCGUAUCCAUCAUGCGGGUUACUCAGGUUCUCCUCUAUUCGCUGUCCAUCGUGACGGUGAUGGCCGCCCAGAGCACGGCCGUCAACGAUAGCAAUGAACUCGAUAUGGCCUCGGUCAUGCCGGCGCCGACCGCAACAGGGGACCCCGAACCCACCGAAACAAACGAACCCACCGAACCCACGACCACCAGUUCAUCAUCGUCAUCAAAAGAAACGAGCGAGAGCAGCUCGUCGACCACCGAAGACUCGACGACAGACAAACCACCACCCGCCACCACCGACAAGCAUGAAUCCACCACGGACGACCCCAAGCCGACCUCGGACAGCCCCCCCGAGAGCACCUCGGAGUCGUCCAAAACCUCCACGAUCAAGACCAUCACCACCACCAACACCAUCAGUGGAACGCCUGUGCCGACGGUCAUGACCACCCCAGUCGAAGCCGAGGGCAGCGACUCGACCGGUUCGCCCGGUCUGAACGCUGAGAGCAAGGACGGAGACUCGGGUCUUUCGAGCGAUCAGAAGAAGAUCAUCAUCGGUGUGGUGGUGGGUGUCGGCGGUGCGAUCCUGAUCGGUGCCAUCGCCGUAGUCGCCUGGAGAAUCCAUGCCCGCAAGGCCAAGGCCCAUGAUAACGACGAAGCGGCGGACCUCAUGAGCGGGACCGCCGUGGGCUCUGCUGCUCGUGAGAAGGCCCCCAGCCCGGGAGCCCCCGGCGGGACUCCCUUCAGGUCGACUCUCGACCAGUACCACAACCCGGGUCCGAUAAACACUGCCUCGAACUUCUAGUCAUCCGUCUCAUCUACGUGACCUCGAACUGGUGUUUCUGUCUUUGAUCCCAUUUC